AUGGCAGCCUGGACUAUGUGGAUACUCCUGCUGUGUGCAUUCCUCCCUGGGCCAGGGUCAAAGGCUGAGGAUUGUGGUAUGGCACCACUGAACACACGGAUAGGGGGUGGAGAGAAUGCCACUGCUGGUUCAUGGCCCUGGAUGGUCAGUAUGCAUUACUUAUUCUCUGGGACUCGUUCUCACAUCUGUGGCGGGACCCUCAUCAGUGACCAGUGGGUACUCACAGCAGCCCACUGCAUAAUGUCAAACUCAACUAGUGCAUGGACUCUCUACUUGGGAAGAGAGACGCAGUCCGGACCUAAUGUUCAUGAGGUGAACCGCACUGUGUCCCAGAUCAUCGUCCAUUCUGACUAUAACAAAGAGACGACCAACAACGACAUUGCCCUAAUGAAGCUCAGCAGCCCCGUCACUUUCACUGACUUCAUCAGAACUGUCUGUCUGGCCAGUAACUCCAGCCAGUUUCACAACUCCACACCCUGCUGGUCCACUGGCUGGGGCGAAAUUACAAAGGAGGACAACUUGCCAGAUUCUCACCCACUGCAGGAGGUUCAGAAUCCCGUCAUUGGAGAAAAGCAGUGCAGUUGCAACUACCGGCCAAUAGGUGCAGAUAUCACUGACAAAAUGAUUUGUGCCGGAGAACCGAACAAAGGAGCGUGCCGGGGGGACUCUGGGGGACCUUUACAAUGCAAACAAAAGUCAUCAUGGAUCCAGGCUGGUGUUACUAGUUUUGGAGUACCUUGUGCCCUGGCUGAUUUCCCAGCAGUCUAUGCCCGAGUGUCAGGGUUCCAGACUUGGAUCAUGGAUCAAGUGGCGGGGGCGAAUGUUAGCUUUGUGACUUUCACCUCCAGUGGUUCUGACCAAGAUGACAGCUUCGUGUGUCGCAGAGCAGUCUCUGGAAACGUGACCACAGCAGCACCAAAUAUGAACAUGACAGCAGCUCCAACCACAAACUCCACGGCAUCGACUGUAGCAGCUGAGCUUACAUUUGUUGGCAUCCUAGUGACAGUGUUCCAGCAGCACAUUGUUCCUCCAUAGCACAUCAAUUUUGUGCUAACAACCUCUAAGUUUCUUCUGCUUUUGUAGUGUAAGGUAUGCUUAUAGUGGAGAUUGGAAGGUGAAAUAUGGUGAAUAAUUACUUGCUAAAAUACAUGUACAUUAAAAUUGCACUAAGGUGAUGAGCUUGAGUGCUCAAGCAUUUAUUAAAUCACUGAAUAUGACCUGCAGAUAUUCAGACCUCUAAAUGAAGGUGUGGUAAAAUGUUCAGCAUCAUGCAUUUCAGCACUGACUAAACAGAAAUAUAUUUUUUGUGUGAUAACCCUAAUCUGCUUUCUUACUGGAAAAAUAAACAGUUAAAAAAAAGAGGUCACAUUAAAAGGAC